AUGAAAAGCUUUCUUUCCUGGACAGUCCUGGCAGUCCUUGCCCUGGUGCAUGUCUCCCAGGCAGUCUAUAUUCAGGAUGGAGACUUGAAAUUCCCCCUGGAGUCUGUGAAGAAGCUGAAGGAGCUCAUGGAUGGGAACAGACACAUCAACCCUCGCAUGAUGGUUCCUAUGGCCAGCUAUUCCCCAUGCCAAGAAAAACACCUCCCUGAGGAAUUCCAGCCUGUGUGCAAGAGGGAAGAUGCACCAAUGAUUUUUAGGAGGCUGAGCCUGGCUGCUGAGGACGACCUGUGUGAGAUCUGUGCCAAUGCUGCCUGUGCCGGCUGCUUCUGA